AUGAAUUGUCUGACUAUAUUCACGAGCUAUCAGUUGGAAGAGCUCGAGAAGUCCUUUAAAGAGGCUCAUUAUCCCGAUGUCUACGCCCGGGAAAUGCUAUCACUUAAGACUGAUCUGCCAGAGGACAGGAUCCAGUGUAUGAUAGCGUAUAUUCCCAAUGGAGUAGUCGAUGAAAGAAAUGUAAUUGGUAUCUCAAACGUCUCGCGACUCCAGGCUAUCGUUGCCAUCAGUAGAGCCACAGCUUAUUAUUUUGUGAGACAUCACAUCCCAUAUCGAGUUUGGUUUCAAAACCGGAGGGCAAAGUGGAGAAAGACUGAAAAGUGUUGGGGAAAGAGUACUAUAAUGGCUGAGUACGGGCUGUACGGUGCGAUGGUUAGGCAUUCCCUGCCACUGCCGGAGAGUAUACUGAAAUCGACGGUCGAGAGUGAGGGGCCGGCGUCGUGCGCGCCCUGGCUUUUAGGUAUGUAUGACAUAACCUAUGGUUUAAAGAAGCCUUCGUUUCUGAUGGUAGCGGACCCACGAUUACCGACAUUUGCCUCUUCGCUGACAGGAAUGCAUCGAAAGUCAUUAGAGGCGGCCGACAAACUCAAGGACUGCGACUCCGACGGCGAGUCCCGCGACCACAGCGACAGGAGUGCUGUCAGCCCUCCACUCGUGUCGUCGCCCCGAAGCGCGACAAACGACGUCCAAAACGCAUCCAACGACCGAUCGGUAGCCCUUUCCCCAUCGAUACCCACAGCCAACUCUAUUUACAAUUCAGUGCUCAAUACUAACGAUAAAUGUAUUAUCAAAGAGGAGUUGAGGACCAGUAGUAUAGCGGCGCUGAGGGCCAAGGCGUUGGAACACUGCGCUAAAGUCAGCCAAAUCGCUGUCAAACCCAACGACAGCACCGCUCUGUUUGUCACCAAUAGAUCCCCGCAUCCCGUGUCCAGUCCUCCCAACUCUCAUUACCACCACUCGUCACCUCCAAGACAUCACAUCUUUUAG